GGCGCGCCGGUCCCGGAAGCGCGGGUGCGGCGGCCGCGGUCGGGGCAGGGCGGCAGGCAGCGCUUGGCGGCCCAGCCCGGCCCGGCCCGGCCCGGUGGGAGCGGAGAGGGGAGCGCGGAGCUGCGCGGUGACGCCCGCCGGCACCCCUGCCCGCCGGCACCCCCGCCCGCCGGCACCCCCGCCCCGCGGCCAUGACGAACUUCAUCUCGGUGCAGCUGAAGAAGGCCUCGGAGGUGGACUUGGCCAAGCCGCUCUGCAAGUUCAUUCAGCAGAGCUACCCGGGCGGCGACGCCCAGGCCGAGCACUGCCGCGCCGCCGAGGAGCUCAGCAGGCUCCGCAAGAGCGCGCUCGGCCGCCCGCUCGACAAGCACGAGAGCGCGCUGGAGACCCUCCUCAGAUACUAUGAUCAGCUGUGUUCAAUUGAACCAAAGUUUCCAUUCUCUGAAAAUCAGGUCUGUGUAACAUUUACAUGGAAAGAUGCUUUUGAUAAAGGAUCACUUUUUGGAGGAUCUGCCAAACUGGCUUUGGCGAGUUUGGGAUAUGAGAAGACCUGUGUUUUGUUCAACUGUGGAGCACUGGCAAGCCAGAUUGCAGCAGAACAGAAUCUAGAUAAUGAUGAAGGACUGAAAGCUGCAGCUAAGCACUAUCAGUUUGCGAGUGGUGCUUUCCAACACAUUAAAGACACUGUGUUGUCAGCCUUGAAUCGAGAACCUACAGUGGACAUCUCUCCAGACACAGUUGGAACGCUAAGUCUUAUUAUGUUGGCUCAAGCCCAAGAAGUCUUUUUUUUGAAAGCUACAAGAGAUAAAAUGAAAGAUGCUAUCAUAGCUAAACUAGCUAAUCAAGCUGCAGAUUACUAUGGUGAUGCUUACAAACAAUGUCAAUAUAAAGAUACUUUGCCCAAGUAUUUUUAUUUCCAGGAGGUGUUUCCUGUUCUGGCUGCAAAGCACUGCAUCAUGCAGGCCAAUGCAGAAUACCAUCAAUCUAUCCUGGCAAAACAGCAGAAGAAAUUUGGUGAAGAAAUCGGGAGGUUACAGCAUGCAGCAGACUUGGUGAAAACAGUGGCAUCUCGUUAUGAUGAGUACAUAAAUGUUAAAGAUCUGGUUGACAAAAUCAACCGUGCACUCACAGCUGCCAAAAAAGACAACGACUUCAUCUACCAUGACCGGGUUCCUGACCUGAAAGAUUUGGAGUCCAUUGGAAAAGCUAGUCUUGUGAAGGCAACUCCAGUUGUUGUUCCCCUCAGUCAGAAAUUCACUGACCUGUUUGAGAAGAUGGUUCCAUUGCAAGUUCAGCAGUCUGUGAGUGUUUAUAACCAGAGAAAGGCCGACUUAGUAAACCGGUCAAUAGCCCAGAUGAGAGAAGCCACAAAUCUGGCAAAUGGUGUGUUGGCUUCCCUCAAUCUUCCUGCUGCUAUCGAAGAUGUUUCUGGUGAUACUGUUCCUCAGUCUAUUUUGAACAAGUCUAAGUCUGUGAUUGAACAGGGGGGAAUUCAGACUGUUGAUCAGCUGAUCAAAGAUCUGCCUGAACUGCUACAAAGGAACAAAGAAAUUUUAGAUGAAUCACUGAGAUUAUUAGAUGAAGAAGAAACUACAGACAAUGACCUGAGAGCAAAAUUCAAAGAACGCUGGCAGAGAACACCUUCCAAUGAACUCUAUAAGACCUUAAGGGCAGAGGGAGCCAAUUACCAUAAUAUUUUGAAUAAAGCUGUGCAAGCGGAUGGCCAAGUUAAGGAGCGUUACCAGUCUCACCGGGACACGAUUGCCCUUCUGUGCAAGCCAGAGGCAGAGCUGAACGCGGCCAUUCCUUCUGCCAACCCAGCAAAAACAUUACAAGGAAGUGAGGUUGUUAAUGUCUUAAGAACUUUGCUGGCCAAUCUGGAUGAGGUUAAGAAGGAGAGGGAACAGCUGGAAAAUGACCUGAAAUCUGUAAAUUUUGACAUGACAAGCAAAUUCCUGACUGCACUUGCGCAGGAUGGUGCUAUAAAUGAGGAGGCUAUCUCUGUGACUGAAUUGGACAGAAUUUAUGGAAGUUACACACAGAAAGUGCAAGAGUCCUUAAAAAAGCAGGAAGAACUUCUCAAAAAUGUUCAGAAUGCACACCAGGAUUUUUCAAAGAUGAAACAAUCAAACAAUGAAUCUAACUUAAGAGAAGAAGUUUUGAAGAACUUAGCGGUAGCAAAUGACAACUUUGUGGAACUUGUAGCCAAUUUAAAAGAAGGUACAAAGUUUUACAAUGAGUUGACAGAAAUCCUGCUGAAAUUCCAAAAUAAAUGCAGUGAUAUUGUCUUUGCCCGCAAGACUGAAAGAGAUGAACUGCUCAAAGAUUUGCAGCAAAGCAUUGCUAGGGAACCCAGUGCUCCUUCUAUUCCUUUGCCUACAUACCAGACCACAUCAGCUGGAGGAACCAAGCCUGCUGCAUCGUCAACUCCUACUCCAGCACCCAGAACCAUGGUGGGGACUAAACCACAGCCACCAGCACGGCCACCACCACCAGUGAUUUCUGCAGCAAGCAGUUCCUCUUCAGCAACAGCACCAUCUGGAACACCUGCAGCUGCUGCUCCUCCUGCUGCAGCUCCUGUUGUUGCUCCUGCUCCUAUUCCAGGAGCCAGUGCACCUGCAGCAAACACUGCACCUUCACAGGCACAGGGACCUCCUUACCCGACUUAUCCAGGUUACCCAGGGUAUUGCCAGAUGCCAAUGCCGAUGGGCUAUAAUCCAUACUUGUAUGGUCAGUAUAAUCUGCCAUAUGCGCCCUCACCUGUGUAUCAAAACCCUGGACAAGCACCAUAUCCAACACCUCAACAACCUGGAUACCCUUUUCCUCAACAGCCUUAUUACCCUCAGCCAUAAUGUACCUGCAAAGAAGUUUUGCUUGUUAAAAUUUGGGAAAAAUUGGCAAUAAGCAUACUAAAACUUUUAGCUUCAGUUAAUGUACCAUACUGGACUCUUUGCGGUCUAUAACUUCUGUUUAUUGUUAACUGCUCCAAAAUGUCUAGAUCAGUUUUUGAUGACAUUAAACACUUUGAAAGAUCUGAUGCAGUGGUUUAGACUGUAGACUAAUGCUGGAGUUAGAGCCUAAUUCAGUGGUCUGAAACUGUACACUACAUCUUGGCUAGACAAAAAUGUUUCUUUGCAAAGAUCCUUUAAGUAAUAAAUGGGUUCAGAUGAGAAAAAUGAAGCAGUGCGUGCACUGGGUCUGGUACAUUCUAUGGAACCGUAUAGCAUUUCCUUCUAUACUCUUGGUUUGUAUUUUUUUGAGUUUAGUUGAAAUAUCCUAUUUUGUCUAAUAAUCAAGGCCUUGUAAAUCAUCAAUAAAAUAAUAAAUUACUUAAGAAUGGUUUAAA